UUUUUUUCUUUUAUUUAUUGUUUAUUUUUUCUCUUUCUCUUUCCCUCUCUUUUUCUCUCUCUUUUUCUCGAAAGAAAAAAAAAGGCUUCCUUUCUUUUCUCUUCUUUCCUCACUCGCUCAUCUCGUUGUUGUUGUUGUAGUGGAUUUAAAUUAUCUUUUUCACUCAACAAAUAACAAAAAAAAGUGGUCUGCUCACUAUGAGUACCUCACCUACGCUAUUUAAUACUUCUAGUUCCUCAGCGGCGACUCGACUAGCUUCACCGCAACACAAAAUUAUGGAUAAAGACGCCAAACCACGUAGAUUACGUAACAACACAAAUAUAAAUAGCCAUUACAAAUCUAAUACACAUCAUAAUCAUCAUACCAACACAAAUACCAAUAACAACGAUGCGCACUCGAAAAGGGCACCAUGGCGUGUUCCUGGUAACUUUGAGAUACCAGAUAUCAUCAAAGAAGCAUGGGAAAAAAACAAAAAUAAACUAAUCCAUCAUACCCAACAACAACAACAACAACAGAAAUACCAACAGCAGCAACAACAGCAACAGAAAAAAAAAGUAAUAGAGAACAAGCUUACAAAACGCUGGAUUCCAGUUGGGAAGUCGCCUAGUAUCAUACCAUUACCGCCACCAAUAGUCAAAGUCAAACGUAAAUUACACGCUGAGUUUGAUGCUAAGCUUCGGAAAGUCCUUCCCGGAUCAAAAAUUAUGGACUUGAAUCCAAAAGAACAAUUUGAAGGACUUUGCCAAGUGGGCAGCGGUGCGAACGGAGCAGUAGUUCGAGCAAUUAGAAAACAUACCAAAACACAUGUAGCUAUCAAACGAUGUUACAUUGAGGAUCAAGACACACCUCACCACGCUUAUAUUCUUAGAGAAUUGCGUAUCAUGGGUUGCCUAAAUCAUCCUAAUUUGAUUCAAUUAAAAGAGGCUGCUCUCUGGGAAGAUCACCUUUGGAUGUGCAUGGAACUCAUGUCUUGCUCUGUCUUUAAUCUACUUUACAAUACCACAACUGGCUUAAGUGAAGGAAACACAGUUCGUAUUGCUAGAGAGUGCUUGGAAGGUCUCGUCUAUCUUCAUUCUAAAAACUACAUGCAUCGUGACAUUAAAUGUGAGAAUAUCCUUUUGAGUCGAAACGGUCAAGUCAAAUUAGCUGACUUUGGUUUAGCAACACCCAUCAACAAAAUUAAUACAUCUUGUUUAGUGGAUGGCACCUGAAGUUGUCUCAGAAAGCCCUUACAAAGAGAAUGUUGAUGUUUGGUCACUUGCCAUUACUAUCAUUGAAAUGAUGGACCGUGUACCACCUCUUUAUUACCUUGAAAACACUGAUGACAUUUAUGCUGAUAUUCUCUAUGGCGAUCCACCUAAUUUCCAUUUUGCUAUUCC